AUGUCUAAAACUCAGACGAUAGGAAACAGUGACUUGAUCGCUGAACUGAAAAGGGAAAUUAGAAAUACCAUAGCACAAGAAAUGAAAGAGAUCACAAACGAAAUGAAAAAGACCAAUGAAAAUGUUUCUGAACUGAAAAAGUCUGUGGAAUUUUUCUCUGCAAAAAUUGAUGAAUAUAAUAAAGAGAUAGGGGAAUAUAAAAGCGAUCAUUCCACCCUAAAAAAAGAGAACGAAAUAUUGAAAACAAAACUUUCUGAGAUGGAAAAGGAAUUAACAGAACUGCAGCAGUAUGGAAGACUGAAAAAUUUAGAGAUUCAUGGAAUACCAGUAACUAAAAAUGAGGAUAUCGAAGAAAUAAUCGGAAAAACAGCAAAGGUCCUGAACAUAGGUAAUAAUGAUGAGAGGCUGGAAAUUGAAGCCGCGCAUAGACUUCCAACGAGAGAUAAGAAGAAAAUCCCUCCUAUUAUUGUUGCAUUCUCGUCAAGGAAGACCAGGGAUAAUUGGAUUAUGAACUAUAAGGCAUAUCAAAAGGAAAUGAGACAAAAUGACCCCCAUGUCUUCAAGGGACUACGCACCACACACAUAAAUAAAAAUCUUGAAGAUGGACCUGUUUACAUAAAUGAAAAUUUGACACCUCGAUUAAGACAACUAUUCAAUGAAACAAGACUGGCAGCAAAGAAGAACAACUUCAAAUUCACCUGGAUAAAGACUGGAAAAAUUUUCGUCAAGAAAAAUGAAGCUUCUCGUACUAUUCGUAUACACAACAUCCAGUCACUGAAGGAGUUAUCAACCGAUAACACAGAGGAAACAACAGCUGACGACAAGGAGGCGGGUGGACAAAAAACCGGAUAA